AUGGGGAAACAGAAAGGAGAAGGUGCAAGAAGUAAAGCGCGCCCUUCAAGCAGCAGUCUCGCCGCAUCUCUAUUAUCCUCCGCUCCUUCUUCCGCCGCGGCCGUAUCCGUCGGAUUCGGUGGUUUUGUCGGCAGUUCCCGGCUCGAUCCUUCUCCUUCAACUGAAGAGUCUAUCCCUUUUGCCGAUGUUGAUAGUGAAAUUGCCGUGCACUUGAAGAGACUAGGCAGGAAGGAUUCCACUACUAAGCUUAAGGCAUUGUCAGCUUUAUCUACGCUGCUUCAGCAAAGGUCAUCAAAAGAAAUUGUUCCAAUUAUUCCCCAAUGGGUGUUUGAAUAUAAAAAGCUGUUGCUGGACUACAAUAGGGAUGUUAGGCGGGCUACUCAUGAUACAAUGACCACACUUGUUACUUCUGUUGGGAGAGAUUUAGCACCACACUUGAAGACUUUGAUGGGACCAUGGUGGUUUGCACAAUUUGAUCCAGCUUAUGAAGUUUCUCAGGCAGCAAAAAGGUCUUUGCAGGCUAUCUUUCCAGCACAGGAAAAAAGACUUGAUGCUUUGAUUUUAUGCACAACAGAGAUAUUCAUGUAUUUAGAAGAAAACCUAAAGCUCACACCUCAAAGUUUGUCUGACAAAGCUGUUGCCGUGGAUGAGUUGGAAGAGAUGUACCAACAGGUGAUAUCAUCAACAUUAUUGGCAUUGGCCUCUCUUCUUGAUGUUUUAAUUUUCCCACAACAAGAGCAACCUGCUAUGGAGAAUAUAACUACUGAACCUAGACAUGCAUCAAAGGCCAGGGUGGCUGCUGUUUCAUUUGGUGAAAAGCUGUUAGCAGAUCAUAAGCACUUCCUAGAUUUCUUGAAGUCUAAAAGACCUACUAUCCGAUCUGCUACCUAUACUGUAUUGAAGAGCUUCAUAAAAAAUAUGCCACAUGCCAUUACUGAAGGAAAUAUAAAAAGUCUUGCGGGAGCAAUUCUUGGUGCUUUCAAUGAGAAGGAUCUAACAUGUCAUCCCUCAAUGUGGGAUGUAAUAUUACUUUUUUCUAGAAGGUUCCCAGGAGGUUGGAGUUCCUUGAAUGUUCAGAAAAACAUUCUGAAUCCUUUUUGGAAUUUUCUUAGGAAUGGGUGCUUCGGUUCCCAACAGGUCUCAUACCCAGCUCUGGUUUUAUUUUUAGAGAACGUGCCUCCUAAAGCUGUUGAGGGGGAUAAAUUUUUUCUUGAAUUUUUCAAAAGCUUGUGGGUGGGAAGAAAAACUUCUCUAUCAGCAGAUAGGCUAGCAUUUUUCCAGGCAUUCAAAGAGUGUUUUCUUUGGUCCUUGAAAAAUGCUUCAAGAUAUAAUGAUGGAGAGGACUCAAUCAGUCAUUUCCGAGUCACUCUCGUUGAUAAUAUCCUAGCAAAGCUUAUAUGGAGGGAUUUUCUUACGACUGGAAGCUCGAAAGGUUAUGAUAUAAUCAGCACUGGAAAAGAAUCUGAUUCAUCUGAGAAAAACAUUUCUCAUAGCAAGAAAGCAGAUAUGCCUAGUAAGAAAUAUCCAAUGCCCUAUUUGCAAGCAUUGGGAAAGUGCUUUGUUGAAAUCCUUUUAGGCAUUCAUAUAUUAGAUAUCAAUCUUCUAUCUGUUUUUACUGUGGAACUUGAAAAUAAUUGCACAAGCGUUCUUCAGCAAGCAGGCAGCGUGGAGAUGGUUGAACAAAUCAUUUCGUUCAUGUUAUUGCUGGAGCAACAUGCCGUUAUGAAAGGUGCAACUUGGCCAUUGGUUUAUAUAGUUGGACCGAUGUUGGCGAAAUCUUUCUCAAUCAUUAGGUCUUCUGAUUCACCAGAUACUGUGAAACUUCUAUCUGUCGCUGUUUCAAUAUUUGGACCACAGAAAAUGGUACAAGAAGUUUUUAAUCAGAAAAGAGGGCACGGUACUAUUCCGCCUCUGAUUGGUGGGGAUGAAUUAUCGGAAGCUGAAGACUUUCUGCAAAUUUUCAAGAAAACUUUCGUCCCUUGGUGUCUGCAGCCCAAUAGUUGCUCAACUAAUGCUCGUUUUGAUUUGUUAUUGACCUUGCUGGAUGACGACCAUUUCUCAGAACAAUGGUCUUUCAUUGUCAAUUAUGUGCUUAGCCAAAGUUAUUCUGGAUCCUCGUCAGGUUUGAUAAACUCUGACCAAGCAGCAAUGUUGGCCACGCUCCUGGAAAAAGCAAGGGAUGAGAGUAUGAAGAGGAAGGCGAAAGAUGGUUCUAGUUAUAGACCAGGCAGUAAUGCUGAAGAUUGGUAUCAUGAAUCUCUGGAAUCAUAUGCUACUGCUGCUUCUCAUUCUCUACCUCCAUAUAGCGCUUCUCAUGUGCAGUUUAUGUGCUCUCUUCUUGGUGGUUCAUCAAAAGGAACAUCUAUGCCUUUUCUGUCAAAGAAUGCAUUGAUUCUCAUCUAUAAGGAGAUUCUAAGGAGAUUAGUCAGUUUUAUACAGGAUUCGUCUUUUUCUUGGGCACAAGAUGCAGCUUCUAUGUUAAGCAAUGAUGCAGAAAUCUGUGUAGAACAUGAUAGUUCUCUUAGCAUUGUCGAGAAGGCGAAGAUCUCUCUUGAUAUACUUGAUGGUAGUUUCUUUUGCCUGAACACACUGGAUGGGGAAGGUGGAAUUGUAUCAGGAAUUUUAUCAGCAGUCUUUGUCAUUGAGUGGGAGUGCAAUUUAAGUAACGCUUUGGACUAUUCACUUGAUGACGAAUCAAUGAGCAGAGCCAAAGCUAGACAAUCAUUUGGAGAAUAUGCGCGAGCUUUCCAUAACAAGAUAAAUGUGCACUUUCUAAAAAGCUUAUGCAUUGAUAACCGCCGGAGGCUGUUGAAUAUCUUAGUUCAGUCAGUCAAGUCUGCAAUAUUUGUUGAAGAUAACCACGUUAAUGGUAUAAUCACAUCAUUAUGCUGUACAUGGGUGCUUGAAAUUCUUGAACGUGUCUGUGUGGAUGAAAAUGAUAAACAGAAUCUUCUACAUCAGUUGCUGAGCAGAGAUGAAAGAUGGCCUGUGUAUGUAGUGCAAAAUUUAAGCUCAACAAAGGCUCCAGGACACCAGAAAUUUGUAGCACUAAUUGACAAGUUAAUCCAAAAAAUAGGAAUAGAUAGAGUUAUUGCUGGUUGUGCAAUGCCUAAUUCGUCUAUGCUUGAAAGAAGUCAAGGGAUUGCAUCAUCUGCAUGGCUAGCUGCUGAAAUACUGUGCACAUGGAGAUGGCCAGAAAACAGUGCUAUGUCUUCUUUCUUACCUUCAUUGUGUGCAUAUGCCAAAAGAAGUGAUUCUCCCCAGGAAAGCCUGUUGGAUAACAUAUUGAGCAUCUUGCUUGACAGAUCUCUUAUUUAUGGAGGUGAUAGUACAAAAAGUUCUGUGAGUAUGUGGCCAGUUCCAGCUGAUGAAAUGGAAGGAAUUGAAGAACCAUUCUUAAGAGCCCUUGUUUCCUUUCUGUCUACUUUGUUCAAAGAGAACAUAUGGGGGACUAAGAAGGCAUCAUAUCUUAUUGAACUUCUUGUGAAUAAACUAUUUCUUGGUGAAGAAGUAAAUACGAAUUGUCUUAAGAUUCUUCCUUUGCUUACCAGUGUACUUCUAGAACCAUUUUGUGGAUAUGUGGAGCCCAGUAAAGGUGUUCAACCUUGUUCUUUAGAAGAAAGAUUUGUGCAAAACACCAUGAUAGACUGGCUUGAGAGGGCUCUAAAGCUUCCACCUUUGGUAACAUGGACAGCAGGACAAGAUAUGGAAGGUUGGCUACAGUUGGUAAUUGCCUGUUAUCCUUUCAGCUCAAUGGGUGGUCCCCAAGCAUUAAAGCCAGCGAGAAGUAUCAGCCCUGAUGAGAGGAAACUUUUAUAUGAAUUAUUCCUGAAGCAGAGGCUUGUUGCUGGAGUAUCUGCAAUGACCAACCAGCUUCCAGUAGUGCAGAUGCUGCUAUCAAAACUUAUGGCUGUUUCAGUAGGUUAUUGCUGGAAUGAUUUUAGUGAAGAAGAUUGGGAGUUUCUGUUGUCUAACCUAAGGUGUUGGAUUCAAUCAGUAGUUGUUAUGAUGGAGGAUGUAACCGAAAAUGUAAAUGGUUUAGUUGAUAAUUCAUCUGAUAAUUUGGAUGAGAUGUGUAAAAAAAUUGAGAAAAUUAUUUUGAUUUCAGAUCCUUUUCCCAUAAAGAUUUCUGAAAAUGCCCUUUUAUCAUUUUCUCUUUUCCUUAAGCAUUGUAAACAUCAACAAACUGAAGACACAGAUAAUUCAAAUACAAUGAAAACAGAAAAGUUGGACUCUGCUAAAGAUCGGAUUGUAGAAGGUAUACUACGCUUACUAUUUUGUACUGGCAUAUCUGAGGCUAUUGCAAAUGCAUACUUCAAAGAAGCUGCACCUGUUAUUGCGUCGUCACGGGUUACAUAUGUAUCUUUUUGGGAAUUUGUAGCUUGUGCUGUCCUUGAUUCCUCUUCACAGGCUAGAGAUAGAUCAGUGAAAUCAAUUGCAUUUUGGGGACUAAGCAAAGGGUCUAUUAGCUCAUUGUAUGCUAUACUUUUUACUUCCAAGCCAAUUCCUUUGCUCCAGUUUGCUGCAUAUUUUGUUCUUUCAAAUGAGCCUGUUUUAAGCUCGGCUGUCGUUGAAGAUAGUGCUUGCAACUCAGACAUGAAUGCUUCCAGCGAACUGGAUUCCAGCCGUUUUGACAAUUCAAUAGAAGAAAAGGUCCGUUUAAAAGAAGAAAUAUCUUACGUGAUUGAAAGGGCACCAUAUGAGGUUCUUGAAAUGGACUUACUUGCACAUCAACGAGUAAAUCUCUUCCUGGCUUGGUCUUUGUUGAUAUCACAUCUAUGGUCGUUGCCUUCAUCAUCAUCUGACAGGGAGAGACUGAUCCAGUACAUUCAAGAUUCUGCUACUCCAGUUAUUUUAGAUUGCCUUUUUCAGCAUAUUCCUGUUGAGAUUUCCACGAUUCAGAGUCUGAAGAAGAAAGAUGCAGAGCUUUCUGGUGGCUUAUCAAAACCGGCAAGUGCUGCAACCAAAGCCACCAACACUGGUUCACUCUUGUUCUCUGUGGAAUCUCUUUGGCCUAUUGAGUCGGAGAAAAUUUCAGCACUUGCUGGAGCAAUAUAUGGCUUGAUGCUUCAUGUUCUUCCUGCUUACGUCCGUGGCUGGUUUAAUGAUUUGCGCGAUCGUAACACAUCAACUGCCAUUGAAUCCUUUACAAGGACUUGCUGCAGCCCUCCCCUUAUUGCAAACGAAUUAACCCAGAUUAAGAAAGCCAACUUUCGUGAUGAAAAUUUCUCAGUUAGUGUAAGCAAAUCAGCGAAUGAGGUUGUUGCUACUUACACUAAGGAUGAAACAGGAAUGGAUCUAGUCAUCCGUCUCCCUGCAUCUUAUCCACUAAGGCCCGUAGAUGUUGACUGUACUAGGAGCCUUGGAAUUAGUGAGGUCAAGCAAAGGAAAUGGUUGAUGUCAAUGAUGCUAUUUGUUCGUAAUCAGAAUGGUGCUUUAGCAGAAGCUAUUGGAAUUUGGAAGCACAAUUUUGAUAAAGAAUUUGAAGGUGUUGAGGAGUGUCCAAUCUGUUACAGUGUCAUCCACACUACAAACCACAGCAUUCCUCGCCUUGCUUGCAGGACUUGCAAACACAAAUUUCAUUCUGCUUGCCUUUACAAAUGGUUUUCAACAUCUCACAAAUCAUCUUGCCCCUUGUGUCAAUCUCCAUUUUGA